AUGAAAACAUGCAACAACUGUUUUGAAAACGUCAUCACAACAAACGGCAAUUGUUUAAUUGAAAGCACUUGCAAAUACCAACUCACUCAUAACGACCAGACUGUCUGUCUGAUCCACAACAAUAACACACAAGAAGGCAUCAAAGCCAACAACUGCAAAUACACACAAAACGAGUUUUGUUAUUUGGCAAAUGAAGGAUAUCACACAACAUUUAACACAGAUGGUAAUACUGCAAAUUGUGAGGAUGCAGAGAUCUGUCAAAUUGUAAAUGGAUAUAUAAUCAAUAUAUCAUGUAAAAGUGAAUUUGUGAUGACAACGAACGGUUUGUGUUCACAAGACUUUAACUGCGCAAAUUACAGUGGAAGUGUGUGCACAACAUGUCAACAAAAUUAUCACACUGCAAGUGGUGAUGUGUUUCCAAUGACAACGAGUGUGUUAUUCAAAACAAAAAGAUUUGCAUUUUGUGUAGCAACAACAAAAUCACAAAUGAUGGGAAAUGCGUUUUAA